ACUGGCACCGGAAAAGAUGAAAAUGUCACACGCAUUUAAAACAUGCUUUUAUUCUUGGCCUAAGGUAUAAAUAUCUCGGUUGUACAAGUCUACCAAACCAAGUUCACUAGUCAUUGACUCUGUGCUGUGAUAUCUUCCUUGUAGCCUAAACCCAACAGAAGAACCAUGUUCGCCUACGCUUUGUUGAUCUGCUUGCCAAUGUUGGCAUUCGGCCAAGAUUUUUUGGCCAACCAAGAGUUCAACAGAUUUGAUGUUGACGGUGAUGGUAACAUUGAGCCCAGAGAAGUCCAACAAUACUUCAGACGCUUUGACGCUAACGGAGACAAUGAAAUCUCCAGACAAGAGUACAGACAGGAAGUAGAUACUCAUCACAUCAACAACCCAGAAGCUCACCGCGCCCUCCUGCGUCUCUUUGACGAGAUUGACUACAACAAUGACGGAGUCCUUGACCAAUCAGAUUUUAACAAACUCUUCACCAACGCUGACGCCAACCAGAACGACCUCGUCAACCACAACGAGUUUGUGACAUACUUCCACCAGUUGACCGGAGGCCCAGUUAUCGGUUAAAUCAGACAAAGCACCAUCCAUGAUCAAGACUUUGGUUUGAAGCAUUUAAUGUGACAGUGUUCGGGAUUUUCUGAAUGUAAAUGUGAACAAUACAAUAAAACUUAUUUGAAUAAUCAA